AUGGUAAAGAUGAGGUUGAAAUUCCAUUUGUUUUGGUGGAUUUGGUUAUGUCAAGUUGUUAUUUCUCAAUCAUUUGAAGAUAUAUUCAAUGAUCUUCUUCCCGAAAGGCUUAAGGAUCAAUACGAAGUUGGUAUUCAAUCAAGACUAUUUGCAAAUAGAUACCAUACUGUGGAGGAAUUGGUGAUUAAUUUAGUUGGUGAUCCUCAUUAUAUCAACACUUUUGAUUUUAAUAAACCUCAUAAUAUGGCUUUAGAUGAUUAUACCCCAAGUGAAACUAAGUCAAUGAUUGAAUUAACAAAUGAAUUAGAAUUUGGAAUGUAUGCUGAAUUAUUAGAUGUAUAUCAAAGAUUUUAUAAAGUUUAUGAUAUACUUGGUGAUAUGACUGUGGAAGAUUUCAUUGCAGUUUAUGAUAAUGUUUAUGGUGAUCAAUUACCAGAGGAGGUUAUAGAAGGGUUAAGUGCUGGUCUUGAAGAUGAUUGGUUAUUCAAAAACAUGUUUGAAUUUAAUAAUGGAUUUGAUUUAAAUAACUUUACUUCACAACCUUUCAUUCCAUUUGUUGAUUUAGAUGAUUAUGUUGAGCCUGAUCAAGAUUCAGAUUCAAUUGAUGCACAAAUCUUCCUUUCAUUAUUUAAAAUUCCUGUGUUUAUUGCCAAAUUAAUUGCCAAAAUCAUAUGGUAUUUAAUCAAAUUAAAGAAAUAUUUAGAACUUUUAGAAACCAAAAUUGUCCUUUAUAUUAUUAAACUUAUUAAGUUAGCAAUGAAAAUUAUUAGAAAGAUUAAAAGAAGAAUUAUAUGGUUAUUGAAAAAUAUAUUAAAUUUAUAUAUUCCUUAUAGAAUUGCAAAGAAAAUUUUAGCAAUUAUUCAUCUUAUUAUAAAAUAUUUAAGAAUUUUAUGUUGGGAAUUUCAAGAUAUCUUGUAUAGAUAUCAAUGGAAAUUAAUAUUUGCUAUAAAACAUGCAGAAAAGAAAUUUUUAUUAUGGGCAUUGUUUUUCAAAGAAUGUAUUUAUGGGAAAUUAGAUAAACCAUCAAAAGAAGAAUUAUUAUAUAAAGAUUUUGUUGAUGCAGAUGAUGAUUAUUAUGAUUGGGAUGAUUAUGAUUAUUUUAAAGAAUUUUCACAUUAUAUUUAUAAUCCAACUUAUAAAACAAAAGAUGAAGAAUUACAAAAAGUUAUAGAUUAUUUAAAAGAUUCUGAUGAAAAUGAUUAUUUUGAUCAAGAUGAUGAUGAUGAUGAUGAUGAUCGUGAAGAUGAUGAUGAUUAUACAUUUGAUUUAAAAGAAGAAUUUGGUUUUGAUACAGUUCGAUUAAAUCUUGGUAAAAAUGUUUAUUUUAAAAGUAAAUCUAAAAAUAAGAAUUCUUAUUGA